GUCAGGAAGUGAGCGGCUGUGGACAGCCCCCUUUUUUUCUCCAUAGAAACUUUAUUGAACAAACAAUGAGUCACAACAUCUAAAUGGCUGCGGACAACCUGCCGUUGUUCGAGUCCGCCCACAACUCAACGUUUAUGCCAAACGCAAACGGCACGUGUGAAAACGGGAAAAAUGGAUCGGAUAAUGUUGCUCCGUGCCAUGUGCACUGUUCUAAUCCAAGAUGAGCUACAAAACCAGCACCAACAUUGCCGGCAUGUGUGGUACCUCAGGCUCAUCAGAGCCAGUCACAUCCAGGUAAAAUAAGCUACCCUAAACUACACACAUUUAGGAAGCACUCAGCCAUCCCAGCCAGGGAAACCAGCAGUCAGCUGAGACUGAAGAAGUCAUUUGGAUGAGUGACCAAAACGUGUCCCCCACUGAAAACGCGACAUCCAAAUGAACAGAAUCAACUGUUAAGUCCAUUUGCUAAUGUCAAUAACUGAAUACUAGCCAGUCAUGCGUACACAGUCACCAUGAAGAAAUAGAUAAAAUAAAUGUCCCUGAAGCUGAUAUGACAACAUGCAGUAUGCAUUCACAAUCAUGAAUUGGAUCCCGUAACUCAUGUGUGUACCUGGAAUGGCAGUAAAAAUGCCACAAAGCUGAAAACAGGGUACCCUAGAAUACAGAAACAUGCUGAGUUACACAGAUGAACUGUAUAUGCAUGAAAGCAUAAGUAUUGUCACAGUGCAGUAGUACAUGUCACAUAACCAUAAUAAUCAGAAUAAUGCUUGGAUCCCUCAAAAUAAAUGAAACCAUACGCUGUCACCAUAACUGUUCAUGUCGUUCUCCACCUUUCAUCCAAGCAGAGUAGAACCAUAUACUGCAGGAUCAACCUAAGUGUUCCCGUCCUGGACCGUUUCUACAACCAGGAGGACACGAGGCCCGAUUUUCGGCUAAGCAGGGAGUCCUUGGCAGUGUUGCUAAAUCUCCUGGACCAGGAUCGGCGCCAUGGUUGGGGUGCCACAAUUGAGAUCCUGGUAUUCACAUUCUGGUUGCCAAGUGGAGCAUCCUACAGGCUGGUGUCAAGAGUGUUUGUGAUGCCUCGUUCCACUGUCCACACCAUUGUCCACCGUGUCACUGAAGAAGUGGUGGCCAUUCGCCACCAGGUCAUCCACCUCCCAAAGACACCAGAGGACCUGGAGGCAGUGUCCCGUGGGUUUGCAGGGCUGGCACGUCACAGAGCCUUCCUGAAAGCGGCAGUCUGUGACCAUCAGGGCUGCUUCAUCGACACCUACGUGGGCUGGCCUGGUUCGGUGCACGAUGCCAGGGUGCUCCGCCACAGCCCACUGUACAGGCAGUUGGUCUACCCUCCUCCAGGACAUUUCAUCCUCGCAGAUGGGGGGUACCCAUGCCUCCAACGUCCACUCCCCCUCAUCACACCCUACAAGAGGCCAGUCCGAGGUAGCGUGCGUUAG